CAAAAAAAAAAAAAAAGAAACUUUCUUGAAUCUGAUUUUCAUCCAUUGUAAAUCUGCAUGUUUCUUUUUUUUUGUUUUUCACAUCGUCAUUAAGUGAUUUCUGGUCUUAAAUUGGAACCCAAUUUGCGGUUCCUUCAAUUUGUUCGUUCAUUUCUGAAAACCCACUUGGAGAAACGUCUAAAGAAUCAUGAAAUCGAGCUACGGGAAAUCAAACGACAAAACGGGCUCGACCAAUGCCUUCGAUUUUGAUCUGGGGCUCGGUUCGGGCCGCGCGAAGUCGAUGAAUGAUCUGAGAAACCCGACGUCCUCGUAUACGUCAACUUCGUAUACGUAUACAUCACCCCAACAUAAGCCAAACACGACAUCGUCCUGGACCUACCAGCCCAACAAGCCGGCUUGGACCCAUCAGCCCGCGACCUCGGUUCAAUGGGGCUGGGCAGGAUCGUCAUCAGGCCCCACGUCGAUGGUGGGAGAUAUUUCCGGGAAGAGCUGGGAUUCUUCUUGCCCUUCGGGUUCCAGUUCAUCCAGUAUUUGGAUAUUGGAUAGUAACAACUCAAAUCUGUUUGCUGACUUGCUGAGCUCGGGAACAGGCCAGAAGAAGAAUAGCAACAAUGUCCCCUUGAAAAAUGCAGCUCCUGCUGCAAGCCAGAACACGUGCUCGACGGGGAAUGUGGCUGAUUCAUUGCCGAAAACUGGUUAUUCGGGUAGAAGUAGCAUAAUGUGGGGAUCAAAUGCCGUUAAUAGUGGUGGAAGUGUGAAUCUUGGUGGCAAUUGUAGUAAAAGUCCGAAUCUUGGGGGUCCGUCGAUGAAAAGUAUGGCAGGAAGUGGAGUUGGAGGUGGUGGGAUCCGUUCGAGUAAGGACCCUUUUGGAUCUUUGGUUGAUUUCGGGUCUAAGCCGCCUGGUGGAAUGAAUUCAGCAAGUAAAGCAAGUGACAAGAGUGGUUUAGGGAACAAUUCGUUUGUGGGAUCUGAAAGCACCGCUUCUAAAGCAAGUGGUUCGUCGAUCUCAUCAGGUGGUUUUUCGGGCAGUAUCAAUGAUCCAUUGAGUACCACUUCAAAAGCAAGUGGUUCGUCGUUAUCAUCAGGAAGGAUCAAUGAUCCAUUGAGCAAUUUUGGGUAUCCUAAUAAUCUGUCUGAAAAUCAAAGUCAGCCUUUAAAGCAAUCCUCAGGGGUGAAUGACUUUGAUGCAUUGUUUUCUUCGACUUCUGGAGUUGGCACAACAAGCCAGCAGUUCUCUGAGGGUGACGACUGGGGAAUGAACUCAGAGUUUGGAGGAGGGAAUGUUACAGGUGGGACGACCGAGCUUGAAGGCCUUCCUCCCCCACCUGCCGGUGUUUCUGCUCCUGCUGCUAAGAAUAAGGGUGUGGAUUAUUACAAGCAGGGCCAGUUUGCUGAUGCUAUCAAAUGGUUGUCUUGGGCCGUUAUUCUUCUUGAGAAGACUGGUGAUGAUGAUGGGAUGCUGGAGGUUUUAACCUGCAGAGCCUCAUGUUACAAGGAAGUCGGAGAGUAUAAGAAGGCCGUGGUCGACUGUACAAAGGUGCUGGAGCACAAUGGCAAAAACGUAGCUGUCCUAGUCCAACGCGCUCUCCUCUACGAGAGCAUGGAGAAAUACAAGCUUGGGACCGAAGACCUCAGAACCGUACUGAAUCUUGAUCCUGCCAACAGAGUUGCAAGAAGUACCAUUCAUCGCUUGAAAAAGAUGGCUGAAUAGAGAAAUUCGCAACGAUAUUUUCUUAUGCUUUAAUCGUACAUACUCGAGAUCAUCGGUUACCGCUGUUUCGAAUUACUACAUGAUCUAUUUAUUUAUUUUCAAAAUUAGUUUAUGUUGGUGUAUAGUGUAUACUCUUCAUAGUUACAUGUACAAUAGAAGUUGAUACUCUCAGUUGUUUGUUAAGUACUUUUACUAGGAUCUCCUUUGUUUUAGUUUUUUCCUACGUUGUAUUGAUGUUAGAAUUCUUAUAUGUAAAUCAGUUGGAACUAUAGCAGGCAUUGAAAAUUUAGUCCACCAAGUGCUGC